AUGGCACCAUGGUUAUGAUCAACGGCACUGUCCUACCUUCAGCAACCAACUUUAUCAUAGACUUCCAAUGUGAUGAUAAGACAAAUCAGGAUGUCGCCUUCCAUUUCAAUCCACGUUUUAAUAAAGGAAAUGUUGUCUGCAACACCAAGAAAAAUAAAAUCUGGGGGAGUGAAGAGCAUAAGUCGGAGGUUCCAUUUUCAUUGGGACAACCUUUCGAAAUCCGGACCCAGGUCACAAACCAAAACUACAAAGUUUCAGUGGAUAGAAGUGCAUUUUUGGAAUAUAAUCACAGAAUUCCUGUGGAGCUAGUCACCUACUUUAGGUGUAUAUGGAGGUGUUACUGUGAAAACUGUGGAGAUACAAGCACGAGGGGCUGCAUUCCCCUAAAACCCUUCAAAACUGCUGACAGUGCUGUAUAGGUGAUGGAGGAGCAGUUUGAUGGCCAUGCAGGGUUUACGACCAAGGAAUCCACCUUUAAUUCCCCUUUGCACUAUGAUCACAAGUGUCCUGGAGGCGGUCCCUUCUUGUUCAGUGUCCUGGACUCUCUGCACCGAAGUCUUCCCCAACUGCACCCCCUCUGCUCUGAGUGACGGCUUUAUUGACUUCCUG